GUAGAAGGUCUUCAGUUGGCUUGGAACCUUGGAUGUCGUCGUGUUCGUGUUGAGCUAGACUCGAGUUGUACUAUCCAGCUGCUUGAGAGCAGGAGCACGGACACCCAUCAUCAUACGACCGUUGUGGCCCGUUAUCAGGAACUUAUGCGCCAAGGUUGGGAAGUUACCACCUCCCAUAUUUAUCGUGAAACCAACAAAUGUGCUGAUUACUUAGCUAGCCAUGGGCAUUCGUUGUCGCCGGGUGUACAUGUCAUGACUCGUUCGGUUCCUCUUUUGUAUAACUUUCUCAUGUAUGACUCUCAGGGGCUCUCUGAACCUCGUUUGGUUUUGAAUGAAAGCUAG